AGUAACAGCGCUCUGCAGAGGGCAGUAAAGAGCUCAUUGCUGUUAAACCAAGCUGCGUGCUGGUGUCAUUCAUUGCUGCUCAGUGCUCACUGACGAUGGCUUCGACCCGGUUCGAACGGUUCUUGGGCCGAUUGCUUCGAGCUGUGGUUUGGAUGCUAUUCGCCGCUUUUAAGUUAUUUGCACCCCAGCAGAGGCAUGGAGUUUCGCGACUCCCACCCAUCACUAACCCACUUCUGCUGCUCUCAGCGAUGCAGCUUGCCCGAAAGAUUCGUCGGAAAGCAGUAACAAGUGUUGAAGUGGUCCAGGCCUACAUUGACCGCAUUCAGGAAGUGAACCCACUUAUCAAUGCCAUGGUCAAAGACAGGUUUUCUGCAGCACUUCAGGAAGCUGCACAGGUAGACAAACUAAUAGAGGAGGAGACAGGAGGAGAGGAGGUGUUGGAGGACAGACUACCUCUGCUUGGAGUACCCAUCACUGUUAAAGAGGCCUUUGCCCUGCAAGGCAUGCCUAACUCGACAGGGCUGUUGACCAGACGGGAUCUGGUUUCAGGAGUAGAUGCCCCAUCUGUUGCACUGUUGAAGAGGGCAGGAGCGAUUCCACUUGGCGUAACUAACUGCAGUGAGCUCUGUAUGUGGCUAGAGUCCCACAACCACCUCUAUGGCAUCACUAACAACCCCUAUGACUUUGAGAGAAUUGCAGGCGGCAGCUCAGGAGGUGAAGGCAGUAUAUUGGGUGCUGGUGCCUCUGUGAUUGGAGUUGGAUCAGAUAUUGGGGGUAGUAUCCGUAUUCCCUGCUUUUUCAAUGGCGUCUUCGGACACAAGCCAUCAACAGGUAUCGUAAGCAAUGACGGUCAGUAUCCUCCCGCCUCUGGACUGCAGAUUGGAUUUCUGUGUACAGGACCUAUGUGCCGCUAUGCUGAAGACCUGAUUCCCAUGCUAAGCAUCAUGGGAGGACCUAAUGCAAAUAAACUGUGUCUCUCUGCUGAAGUAGAUUUGAAAAAGCUGAGGUUCUUCUCUGUUCCCCACAAUGGAGGCUCUCACUUGGUCUCUCCAGUUGACGCACAGCUGCUUCAGGCACAGAAAAUGGUGGUCAGACGUUUAGAAGCAGACCUUGGGGUCAAGGUCCAGGAGCUGUUUAUCCCUCAGCUCAAAUACUCCUUUCAGAUCUGGGGAACUAUGAUGGCCUCACCUGGCAAGGAUGGAAAGCCUCCCACCACCUUUGCAGAGCUAAUGAGUGAAGGCGGGAAGAAGGUUUGGCCUGUCUGGGAGCUGUUCAAGUGGCUUCUGGGGUUUUCUUCUCAUACCAUAGCAGCAAUAGGUCUGGCUCUAGUUGAGCUGUUCCAGAGUUCCCAUCCAUCUCCAUUCAUUUUACAGCAGAAGGAGAGUCUGCAGCAGGAGAUGGAGGAGUUGCUGGGCACAGAUGGAGUGCUGCUGUACCCCUCUCAUCCCCAGAUCACUCCCAAACACCAUCACCCAAUUUUCACACCCUUCAACUUCUGUUACACUGGUAUCUUUAAUAUCCUGGGUUUGCCAGUGACCCAGUGUCCAUUAGGGCUGAGUAAGGAGGGUUUGCCCCUGGGCGUACAGAUUGUGACAGGUAAAUUACAGGACCGGCUCUCUUUGGCCACUGCCCUCUACUUGGAGAAAGCUUUUGGUGGCUGGAGGGAACCAGGCAAGACAACAGCCAAGCCUUAAUCCACUUCAUGCGUCUGCAACAACAGGACCGCAUAACCAACAACACAUACUGUACCACAUAUACAGCAUGUGUAAGCAUCCAGAGCUUAGUGACAUUCAUUCCCCCUUAUAAGUGCAGAAUGCAUUUUUCAUUAACUGACAUGUUUCAGAGGCCUGCAUUUGUGUUUACUUAUAUGUAAACUUAUAUAUAUAUCUUUAUUUCAUUCAUAAGAAAUGGAAUGGACGCUGUAUCCAGAACAAAUAAAUAGAGAUAUUUACAUGAGACAUCUAUUAAUUUUAUAACUAUGUGAAAAAUACUGUAUUUAAUUUCUUUUUUUUUUAUGGGCAAAAUAUAUAUGCACUAAAACAAGGAUGUUUGAACACAUUUGUGCUGCUCACUGUUUCCUCUUAUCAGGCUUAUCAAGAGCAGGCUCUUUCUUGUGACAAAUCUAUUUAAACUUUAGAAUAUCCUUUGCCAUAAGCAGAUUUCAGUGUGUUAGUAGGAAGACGGGCAUAAAUCAAUCAUAUUUAGAAGUAAAUAUCAAGCUGGGGCAUUGGCAGUUUUCUUGGCCUUUAUUACUCAUAUUUUGUUGUUGGUUUCUAUAAAAAAACCUAGUCCAACAUUUUGUAAUGUGCCUAAAGCAGUAACACUACAUUAAAAAUAAAUAAAAUAAAAAAUACAAAAUUUCGAAUGUGUCUGAAUUCUUAGCAACAUAAACAUAAAUAAUCAGCAUGUCAUAAACAUAUCUUCAAUAUAUUGUUAAAUAACUUAGAAAAAAUGGACAGCAGAUGACAUUGCAUGCAUUUAUUAAUUCAUUAUUUAAUUCUUAAGGGAUCAUGAAUAAAGGCAGAUACCUCUGUUGAAUAUAGUUAGAAUAUUUCACAAAACUGAAGACUCUUUAUUUCUCCUUCUCUCCCCUUCUUUCUUUGAGAAUCAUAUCACAAUAUUUAAAACAAAAGUUUUGAUUAAAAAAAAAAAACAUUUCACAAUAAUAAUGCAUCACAAUAUUCACACACACACACACACACACACACACACACACACACACACACACACACACACACACACACACACACACACAGCUAUUUAAAAAUUAUACUAUACCUAAAAAUAAAUAAAUACUCAUAUACACAUACUGUAUAAAAUAGUGGUGUAACCUAUAAAUACAAUAAAAUUGUUUAAUUUAGAUAUUGUACUACCUCAAGCACAUUUUAGGUUGUCAAUCAUUUUACAUUUUUGCAGAGCAGAAAUGGCUUAUUCGCAAAUAUUCCCCCCUUUCACUAUAUUUUGUGGUGAUAUCAGCCCAUUGAAAAUAUAUUUAUUGACCACAGGACUACUUGACCACUAGGUGGCAUCAUGAUCUCACUAUUUCAUGGUGACCAUGAUUUCACCAAGUACAACAUGUUCCUGGAUCAACAUCCUUGUUGAUCCUGAACAACAUUCCAAUCAACCAAUCAGAAUUGAGGGAUAACUUUUCUGGAAAUAUCUGUUUUAGGCAUAUGAUCGGGGUUAGGUGAUUCUACACCCUUGUUAAUCAGCUAUCAUUUCACGCAGAUUUUAGGAAUAAAUUGGGUAGGGUUAGGUUUAGGGGUGGGGAAUGGGUUUAGUCUAUAUUUUUGGACAGUAACGUUGAUCCAGGAUCAACAAACGAUGAUGUUCCAGGAAACAUGUCUUACUUGGCAAAAUUACGGCGACCCUAUGUCAUGUCUACACUACUAUUUCAAAAAAAUUAAAAAAGGUAUGACAUUUUAUAGUGGCUCCGAUUCUUUAACCAAUUCAGUUUAAGUGGGAGACCUUUAUAUGUAUUGUUAUCUUAUCAUAUAUAUAAUCAUAAUUGCAGUCCGAGUCCAAGUAGUAGUGGUACUGUUUUAGCAAAUAAGUAGUUUUAGGUACAAGUAUUUGUAAGAAAUGAUAGUCUGCCUCGACCCAGCUUCCACUCCAAAAUAUGUUUGAUCAUGCUCAUUUCCCAAAAUGGCUUAAUUAUUAUAGAGGAGAAGAAAGUCAUCAGUUAUGUUGUCUGUAGACCAUUUGGGAUGAUCACAUCCUGAGCAAAUGGUGACCAAUU